GCCGGUUGCCGCAGGAUGCCGAGCGCCGCCGGCCGCGGGCAGGGCCAGGACCGGCGCCCGGAGAACGAGGACUCGUCGGCGGCUGAUGAUUAUGCUAAGGAAAGAUAUGGAGUGUCAUCAAUGAUACAAUCCCAAGAGAAACCAGAUAGAGUUUUGGUUCGCAUAAAAGACUUGACAGUGGAGAGGGCUGAUGAAGAGGUUUGGGUUCGUGGCAGAAUUCACACCAGCAGAGCUAAAGGGAAGCAGUGUUUCUUAGUCCUGCGUCAGCAGCAGUUUAAUAUCCAGGCUCUUGUGGCUGUGGGACAGCAUGCAAGCAAGCAGAUGGUAAAGUUUGCUGCCAACAUCACCAAAGAGAGCAUUGUGGACAUAGAAGGCGUUGUGAGAAAAGCACAUCAGAAAAUUGGAGGUUGUACUCAGCAAGACGUUGAGCUUCACGUUCAAAGGAUCUAUGUGAUCAGUUCGGCUGAACCCCGGCUGCCCUUACAGCUGGAUGAUGCUGUUCGACCAGAAGUGGAAGGAGAGGAGGAUGGAAGAGCUACUGUAAACCAAGAUACAAGACUGGACAACAGAAUCAUUGAUCUGAGGACCUCCACUAGUCAGGCAAUCUUCUGCCUUCAGUCUGGUAUUUGUCAGCUUUUCCGAGAAACUCUUAUUCGCAAGGGAUUUGUGGAAAUUCAGACUCCCAAAAUCAUUUCAGCUGCCAGUGAAGGAGGAGCCAAUGUGUUUACUGUAUCCUACUUCAAAACCAGUGCCUACCUGGCUCAGUCCCCACAGCUGUACAAGCAGAUGUGUAUAUGUGCUGACUUUGAAAAGGUUUUCUGCGUCGGGCCAGUAUUUAGAGCUGAGGACUCCAAUACACACAGACAUCUGACUGAGUUUGUUGGUCUGGAUAUUGAAAUGGCAUUUAAUUAUCACUAUCAUGAAGUGGUAGAUGAGAUUGCAGAUACCUUGGUGCAGAUAUUCAAGGGGCUUCAGGAAAGAUUCCAAACUGAAAUUCAGACAGUGAGCAAACAGUUCCCUUGUGAGCCAUUUAAGUUUUUGGAGCCAACUCUGAGGCUGGAAUACCGGGAAGGUGUGGCCAUGCUUCGAGAGGCUGGUGUGGAGAUGGGUGAUGAAGAGGAUCUCAGCACACCUAAUGAAAAGCUCCUGGGACGCCUGGUAAAGGAAAAGUACGAUACAGACUUUUACAUUCUUGACAAAUAUCCUCUUGCUGUGAGGCCUUUUUAUACAAUGCCAGACCCAGCCAACCCUAAAACCUCUAACUCGUAUGAUAUGUUCAUGAGAGGAGAAGAAAUUUUGUCUGGAGCUCAGAGAAUUCACGACCCCCAGCUGCUGACAGAAAGAGCAAAGCAUCAUGGCAUUGAUUUGGAGAAAAUAAAGGCUUAUAUUGACUCCUUUCGGUUUGGUGCACCUCCACAUGCAGGUGGUGGAAUAGGGCUGGAGAGGGUGACCAUGCUGUACCUGGGGCUGCACAACGUCCGGCAGACCUCCAUGUUCCCAAGGGAUCCCAAACGCCUGACGCCCUGACAGGAGCUGCUCUGAGAGCUGGGAAUGCUCUGCCCUGCAAACAGGAUCUGACUGCAGGCAUAGCCCCUGCUGCUGGUGAACGUGUAUUCAUUAAUUUGAGCAUUAUGAUAUGCAAUUAAAAACAAAAUUUUCCUUCAUUAAAGUGCCACAGUAAUUUUUUUUAUCCUUAGUUGUUUAUUUAAAGGAAAAUAUUUUAACAGAUCAAGACUCUUUGUAUUGGCAACUGCACAUUUUUAAUGAAAAUAGAAUACUUGAAUUAGUAUUUUAGUGUCGCAUUAAAUUGUACCAUUUUCUAAACAUUUUAAUAAAUUAUGCAAUAACCAUUUUGCUUUUUUAACUUAUGUCAGCAAGAUUGAAUAUUCUGAAGUACUGACUCCAAGAUAGUGACUGGAUGCUUGCAAUUUAAAAAUCUAGAGAGACCAGCCAGUUGAUAAUUUACAUGAGUGUCAGGUCGGGAUGCAGGUGAGAACAUUCUUAACAAGAAAACUUCGUAAGCAGUUGUUAAAAUAGGUUGAAAUAAAGCUCUCAAAGUAAAUUAGAUACAAA